AUUAAUAAUCAUAUGUAGAUGUAAAUGAUCGUGAAUUGUCAAUUUAUGUCAAAAUAAUUUCAAGUCUAGCUACAUAAAAAUUGCAGUUAAGAGUUUCGCGAUCUCUUUAUUGAACAUAAUAAUUUAAAUGUACAAAGUGAACAUUUCUUAAUGAUUUUUUUAUAGUUUUCAAAGUAUGUAGUGUUGAUAUUUUGUCAUUUGUUUUCUGCUAUGGAGGUCUCCGGCGCAGGCAAAUCACCUAACACUUCCCUAUCAUUUAGAUAUAAUGCUAACAAUGAGGAACUUGAAGAACUAUACAAUAUUUGUGAUGAUGAUCCUCCUACACCUCAGUGUGAACUACCAUCAAGCACCCAAAGCGAAAAUGCCAGUCCUAAGAGAGGUGACAAAUCUUCAUCAAUUUUAGAAAAAUAUUUUAAAUCAAUAAGACCUGAAAAACCCACAGAAAAAAUUGAAGAUGUGAAACCUGCAGAUCCGAAACAAUCUGAUGAGCCUAAACCAGUGGUACCACCUAAGGAAGUGUCUGCUUCUCCCAUGAAGGAAUAUUUAAACCGUUUAGGUAAGAGAAGUACUUCUGAAGCAGCUCCAGACACAAAAGAAAGUAAUGAGACAUGGAAAAUAUUCCAUGACUUUAAAUUCAAAAUAGCUCAAGCAGUGGAAGAUAUGAAAACCCGGUCUGUUGAAGAAACAAAAGAGAAAUCAGUUCUCAGAGAUAAUUCUAUGUCAGACUCAGAAGAAAAUUCGGCCAUCAAAGAUUUGGACCAACAAAGUGUUGGGGAUACAGACAAUCAGGUAUCUUCUUUAGAUAGCAGCAUGCAGAAUUUAUCAGAGGUAACUCAGCCUUUAACAGCAAAGGCGACAGACCGCGACUCAAGUCUUCCCGUCGAUAUAAAGAACCAUUCUGAUUCAAGUGACGAUACACACAAAAAUUUAGUUCAUAGUGAUUCGGCUGACAUUUCUAAAGACUUCCUAAAUGACGGCAAUUUGAUGGACGUGGAAUCUGGUAUAGAGGCAUUAGAGGAUACAAUAGACGGUUAUGGUGACAUCUCAAAUGUAGAAACAGAAAAUCAGCAGAAGAGCAAAACUAGGUCUACAGAGUACAGUCCUUCACAACCGCCGCCUACUCCAACCAACUUUGGGUUGCCACCAAGCAAAAGCAAUGUUAAGUCAAAGAAGCCUAAUCAAAAGACUUAUUUCCUAAAAUUUUCUAUGUAUUUCUUAACGUUUUUACUACUCAUAAACUAUGUUUUAUUUCCUGAAUCUAACAUUUGGAAUGGAUUUUUACUGGGUAUAUGGUUCUUCUGUUUUGCUAGCAACCUCAAACAGUGGUUGCUAGACAAUUAUUUCAGUGACGAACCAAAUAGGGGUAGUUUUUUCCAAUUGAAAAAUAGCAGUGCUGUGCCUACUGCAUACACUAUACCUUCCGUCAAGGAGCAUACACCUCUGAAGAAAUAUGAGGGCUGGAUAAACCACUAUAGAUUUCCGGAUUACGAUCCUUAUACAUACCAUAUUAAUAAAACAACAACAGCUUUUAUGAAAUUGGAAGGUUGCAACUUGAGAAUAUCAUACACAAGAACGAAGGUGCCAAAGAAAGCGUUGUGGGAUGAAAAGAUAGAAAACAUUGUGUUUUACCAGCAUAGACUAUAUAACUUGACUGGUGCUCGAGUCAUACUAUUACCUAAAGGACUUGUAAGGAGAAGACAAUGGAGCAAAAAAUAUCCAAUCUGUAUUAUACUGAAUGAAAAAGAGAAGAUUCAAGUGUUAGAAAAAGAGAAUACGGCUGCGGAAAAGAAAGUAGAAGGUGCUUCGGAUAAGAAAAGUAAAGAGCAGCAACUCCAGCACGAGGUUGAAAGUAUUGAGACUAAUACUAGUCCAGAGAAGAAGAGAAAGUUUGUUUGGAGAAGAAGAGAAAAAAGUGCAUCUCAUUCUGAUGGAGAAACAGGAAGAGAAGGCCUACGACAUAGACUUGUUAGAAAAAUACAUAGAGAUAAGAAGACAGACAGUGUGUCGACAUGUACAGAACCCAACGAAAGCCAAACUCCAUCAGAAAAGGCGAUCCAUUUCGAAGAAUCGUCAUUUUUCGACGCGGAAAUGGAUCUCACCACGAAAUCGGCCACCAGCACGAAGGAAGACGACGAAGAAUUGGAUGAGAACGAGCUGAGUAGGAUUAAGGAAUUUCUAGAAGAAGCUGAACUGGAUACAGCCACCGAAGGCAACGUGGAGGGCGAGUGGAGCGUGCAUGUAAAACAUUCCAAGGACAAACAUUCACACUUGUACUUGUUCACACGCACCGGCCGCGAUAAGCAUGAAUGGUUUCGGCGAUUAAACACCGCCAUAUCAGAGGCUAACGCGUCGGCUGACUCGUCUACAGUUGAAGAUAAAUCGGUCAACGAACCACCCGUCGAAAACAAGGAUGGUAUUGAAAUGGCUGUAUACAAACUAUCAGAGAAGGACACUGUAGCAUUCGCCAAGACUUCAAACAAAACAAACGACACAAUAUCAGAGGGUGUGACGAUAACGUCGGCGUCACAGCCGUUAUCGCCCGAUAUGGAGACCUACGAGAAGAACUUUUGGCCCUAUCUACUUAAAAUUAUACAGCCAAAAGGCAGCCCGCGCGAGUGCGAGUGUCGCUCGCUGCCCGCGGAGGUGUCGUGGGUGAACACGGUGCUCGCGCGGCUCGUGUUCGACGUGAUGCGCGACCCCGUCAUGAUCAGCAAGCUGCAGGACCGCAUACAGAGGAAACUCAACACCCUCAAGCUGCCGGCGUUCAUGUCGCCGCUACUGGUAACGGAACUGUCGCUGCGCGGCGCGUGCCCGCUGCUGCAGCGCGUGGCGGCGCCGCGCUGCGACGAGCGCGGCGUGUGGCUCGACGCCGACCUGCGCUACGACGGCGGCGCCUACAUCGCGCUCCUCACGCAGAUCAACCUCAUGAAGCUCAAGGAGAAGAAUAUGACUUUAGAAGAACAGCUGUUAGCGACAGAUGAAAACAUAGUUGAACACGACUUGAACACAUCAGUGACGGGUGUUGUGUUCUCUGAAAAACAAUUAAGGAAAAGAAAGCCGGCCAUUUACGACUCGGAGGUGGAAGAUUCGGCUGAGUCGAGUAGCGACGACGAAAGUCCACCACUACAGCCUGUCGAUAGCGCUGAUAACAUACCACUAUCGGACGCUGCAUCAACAACGACUGAAGGUGGUUCCUCGAAAAAGAAGUUUUUAAGAAUGGUUGAUAAAAUAGCAACAAAUAAAUAUUUCCAACAGGUGACAGACUACAAGUACGUGAAGAGAGCGAUGGAAGGCCUGUCCAACACAGACAUCAAACUACAACUCGAGCUGCAUGGACUAGAGGGUCGGCUGGCCGUCAAUCUGCCGCCACCGCCGCACGACCGUGUGUGGAUCGGAUUCCGCACAAACCCGCAACUAGUGCUGAAGGCGCGGCCGGCGGUGGGCGCGCGAACACUACGUUUUGCGCACAUCUCCAACUGGAUUGAGCAGAAGCUCAGCAAGGAAUUCGAGAAGGUUCUCGUACUGCCCAAUAUGGAGGACAUCAUUAUUGACGUCAUGACGCCCACGCCCGUCGAAUUCGAGUAGACGUGCUAUGGUAAUCAGAGAUCAUGAAUUGCCUGCUUAUUCUAUCGCUUGACAGGAACAGCCUGCUGUUUAAUUACGGUGUCUUUUAAAUUAACGCCACUGUCUGCGAUUUAGAUUUCUCGGUUUAUAUAUUCAUAUAAAAAGGGUGUAUGGGAACUCUUUCAUGAAAUAAAAUAAUAAUACUUAUAAAGAGUAAAUACAUUUUUUAUUGUAAUGGUAAACUACAAUUUUUUUUAAAUGCUACCGAAUUUUUAAACACUCACGUAAAAACUACAUUAUCUAUGAGGUACACGCGUUGUAUUUUAUUAAAAAAAAAAGACUGCAAAGCCAGAUAGAGUCGUUACUUAUAAAUAAAUAAAACAUGACAACGAGACACUCCAAAUUUAUAUAAUUAAGAAAAAGAAGAAUUAAAUGUUCUUGCGAAAUGCCAGUUUUAUGAAGAGUUUCCUUCGCACUUACAUAUUGCUGUAUUAGAUGAAGAGUAAUAUUAGUAACAAUCGGUAAUCAGGUGUUAUGUGGUUCAUUGUUUAACAUGUAAAUGUACAACGCUGUUUGUAAGUAGUUGUUAUAAGAGAGUGCAGAGAAAUUAAUAGUUAUCUAAACUGUUCGUAACAACUGAGGUAACUAGAAGAAGUAGUACAAGAUUAGUUUUAAAAAUAGAAUCAAAUAAGUUUUUUUUUUAUUUUGGUUAAAUUGGAUGCUUAAAAUUGGUCAAUAUUUUAAUUUGUUUUUGUCAUCGUGACUUACUUUACAACCUUGUCCAAAUUAUUAUUUCCUUCAUCACAACUCUUAUAGGUUGUCGCUUGUAAGGAAUACUGAAAAUAAUGAUAAGAAAUAUGUUUACCUACUAAUUUUGUUCAAUUUGAACAUUUAUUUACAAAAGACAUUACAUGGACAAGGUGUAAUAGUCUCAAUAAGGAAGAAACUAUCUUAAUUUUUUUAUAUCACCAUGAAAGACAUAAUUAUAAUGACUAGAAGUAACUUUAAAGUUACGCGUUUUUUUACAAAUACGUAUUUAAAUUUAUUUUCGUGACUUCGCAAUGUUAGGUAAAUCGUAUAGACAUUUCCAACGUUUCGAGGUAGUUUGUACCGUGCGCGGAAUAGACAUGUCGGUACUAUUUAAAAUUGCUUCGCGACACAUUUCGAAAAUAAAUUUAAAUGUAAUAUUAAGAUUAAAAAUUAUGAUUUUAAAUGUAGCUCCCAUAUAGAUUAAUAUGGUUUGAAUAUAUUCAAAUUAUUUUCAACGUCGAAUAUGUGUCACGUUUGUGCAACGAUUGACAAAUAACAAAAUAUAUAGCCAAUGUUGGUUGAACUAAUAUAUGGCAGAACAAACAUAGCAUUUAUACUAAUUACACUUAGAUAUAAAUAAUUAUUUUUGUUCCGAAUGUUGAAAUAUUUUUCAUAUUGUAUAUAAAUAAGAAAUUAAUUAAAAAAUGUAUUAAUAUUUAAUUAUAACGAUUGUUAAAAUGUGCUUGUGGUUUAUGUAUUAACUGGCUUAUGUUAUAUUGUUGUAUAAUAUUUGGAGUAUGGUUAUUAUUAUUUUCCACUUAGUGUGUACGUAUUUAAUAAUUAUUUUUUUAAUAACUGAAUGUAUUUAUGUACUAGUAUUUUUCACGUUUAUAAAACAAAGUGAUUAUUAGAAAAAGAUGUUAGUAGGAAGCCAAAAUACAAUUUUUUUAUUAUUUUUACCGAUAAAUGCUUAAUCUCCAUUUUUAAUAGAAAAUAUUUUCCUGUAAUGUGUUGUCAACUAAAGUAAGAUAAUUCGCUUAAUAAUAUUAAACGCUAAAACUAUCUCCUGUCUAAUCCAAAGACAUGCAAUUGCAAUGUCUCGCGACUACGCGGAUGUAUUGUACGCCAUUAAUUCGAAAAAGAAAAUUUUUAAUGGACGUUGCGUGUACCGUUUAUAUUUUUAACUGAGGAAUAUGGAUAAUACUUGUCGGAUGUUAGGAAAGGACCUCGUUUCCUGAUACCCGACAAGUAUUAUUCAUAUUCCUCGGUUAUAUGUAGGUGUGUUAGAUGCAACAUGUAGCCUCAACGGCUUGAUAGAUUUUAAUGAAUGGAAUGACGUUUAAGUAUGUCUUAAUUUUAUAAAUUCUUUAUGCAACAUGAGAACGGUAUAAAAUAAAUAUAUCCGCUAUGAGCUAAAAAAGGAAUGCUAAUAUUAUAUAAAAGAAUAGUCGGAUUUUAGUGACGUGUCUACUACUGCUUGACUGUUUAUUGUCAGGAGCUCUUUGCUAUUCUUAUGUACUAUGUCGAUGAUGAAUCUUGCCAUGUGAAUGUCAACGUUAUCACUUACAACAUACGGUAUCAAGCUAUUGUCAUAAGAUUUUUUCAUCUAGUACCUAGUGAAAGUAAUAGAAAUUUAAAACUUAAAAAGAUAAUUUAUAUCAACAUACUAGCAACAGUUGAAUUAGCAUAAGUUGUAAAAAAUAAAUAAAAGAGUGACAAUAGCUAUGCUAUUCUGUACUAAAUUUAUCCUACAUCACUUUUUCUCAUUCUUUGUCUGCAUCUCUAUUACCAUACUAAGAUUUCUCAUCGGCAUCUUUUGUAUAAAGUUUCCCCCCUAUAUUCUUAAAGAAUCAAAUUUUAAUAAAAAUCUUCCUUAGUGCUUACCUAGUUUAUUCAAAGAACUGUGCAAAAUUUUAUGCUUCUAAAUCUGUCGGUAGAGGUUGUACGUAGUCUUUCGUUUAUUUCGAUGUAAAGAGAGUAAUAAUGUAAUUUUAUAUUUUCAUGUGAUUGGAUUUACUCUUUAAAUUUCCUCACACGUCUUCAUUACGAUGGGUCAUUUCUAAGGCGUCAUUUCUCUAAAUUUAUAUCUAAAAUUAAAAUUUCAAUUUAAUGUCACAGCGGAAUGUUUAUUGUAAGGACCAAUAUGAACUAAUUUUCUAAUAGAUUUAAGUCAAAAUUCUUAUAAGUUUAGUUUAUGGUGGUCCAUAAAACCAAAUUAUCAAAUUAAAUUCUUAGGUUAAGAGGUAAGAGAAAUGGCACCUAAGAAUCGUCCCCAGUCGUAAAAGAUUAAAAUCACACAUUUUGUUAUCUACCUUAUAUCAUAAAAGUAAAUCUUAUGGUAUUGUACCGUGCUACGUUAAAUUAUAAAAGUGUUAACAGACAACGUACAACCUAAACGGUGCUGCUGCAAAUUAUAAAAGUGCUCAUUAAGUGUAUGUAACGACGCCAUUGUCAUUAAUCGUCAUAUUUGUGGCUUCGUCAUUUAUUAACGUCAAGUCUGUGAGCUUCCUAUCGGUAGGAAUAAAUGUUUCGACAAUAAUUGCGUUACUUAUAAUCGCAGUAUCAAAUUUUAUAUGAAAACAUUAUAAAUGAGAAUUAAAUAUUUCUAUUUUCAAACUUUAUAUUAGUAUGAAAUAUCUAAUAUUUUUGUAACAAAUGAAUCCACAUCAUUGAUGGUUUAAAAUUUUCUAUGGCAUUUGUUAUUUUCUAAUUGGAUGUUUCGUUUUAAUUUCGUAUUAAUCUUUUCUCUCACACAGUUUGGGCAAAUGCAUUUUUUGGCUAUAAAUAUAAACAUUAAUAAUAUAUUUCAUGAAUAAGAAAUUAUUUAUCGAGUAUUAUUAGUUUUACAAGUACUUUUAAAGAAUAAGUCGCACAAGAAAAUUAGAAACUCUUAAUUAGCCUCUCUUAUGUUAUUGUCUCUUAUGUUAUGUUAUUAAUAACCGGAUUUUGAGAGUGUGGGAGGCCUAUUAGGAAAAUUAAAGGAUCUGUACACUAUUUAUUUAUUACAUUGUAUGCCAGGUGCAUGUAAACAAUACAAUUUCACUUAUUUAUUGUGCAAUAUUACAGCACUCGUAUUCCAAUAUUGGAUAAGAUAAAUUGGUGCAUUAUUAUACCUAAUUAUGUGGUUUAGAUGUGGGACGUCUUAUGUGGAAGGCUCGUCCAUAUCUCGUAUGGACAUUUCAAAGGCUGACAAUAACUUGCUCAAGAAUUUGCUAUCUUUGUAUCUUGACUUUAAUGAGCGGAAGGCAGGUUGAAUGCUAUGUAAAAUAAUCGAAUUUAUAAUGAAGUUAUAAAUAAAACAAUUUGAAGUGAAAAGGUGCGAGUAGUAUUUUUUAGUGCAGGAGAAAAUAGAUUGCCAGUUUAAUAUUGUUCUGUGUAUUUAUAUAUAAGUUUUUUCUGCGCUUUAGUAUUUUAAUAAUUUGAGUUUUAAGUUUUCAUACUGCGGAUCUUUUGUAAUCAUUCACAUAUAAUGCCAAAAAAAAAAUAGAUUGUUACACUUUUCAAUGAUUCCGCACGUACUGUGUAAUGAGGUCUUAUGAAAAUUUUGGAUCAAUGUUGUUCGUAUACCAUAUUAAUAUAUUCACUAUUUGCUGUUAUUACCAAAUAUAAUGAAUUUGCCAGAAAUGUAUAAAUUUUUCCCAUUUUCACUACUACAUAUCACAAAUUAUGUACCUGUUCUAUUUUGAAGUUGGAUCAUCUACAACUUGAACAUCUUUUACAUGCCAAUCAUUAUAUUGAGGAGUUAAUAGAUUUUAAUGCACAGUUUUUGUAUAUAAAUGGUGUAAAAUUAAUGUUAUUAAGCAGUAUGGCAAACUAGAAAUGUUUUCAUGAUGAUAUAGUCCUGAUGUAAAGUAUUAAUUAGGACUAAAAUUGCCUACAUAAAAUAACGAUUUCCAAUUGUACUAAUAACCCCCUUGUAUUAAAUUAAAAUCUAAUUGCCAUGUAGAGAGAUGCAUGAUAUGUUGUAAAGGGUGCAAGUUGUAUUAUUAUAAAUGUAAAUUGAAUAUUGGGGCAAAUUCUGAAAUGGGAUUUGAUAAAUUUAUUUUUAAAAUUCAAUAGUUAACGUUUAAAUGCAUGAAUUUUCAGAUAUGUAGCGAAAAACAUUUCAGUGUCUGCUCCAUAUUGCAAGACUUUGAAUUCCGAUCCAAUUUCUCUAUGUACAUAUCGUUUAAAAUAUAUUUUUUUUUUAAAUAUCUUUUGUUACAAUAUUAAUAAUUUUAUUUUGUUUAUUGCCCACGUAAAGGAUAUAAUUUAUGUUAAUUUCUCUUUAUUUAUAUAACUAUUAUGAUCACUGAGUGAUUGAUAACUAUUUCCACGGUGUACCAAAAUUGAAUAAAUAUGUCUAUGUGUACAUAGUUUAUCAAAUUAUAAAGUGUUUAUGUGAUAUUAUAUAAUAGUUAAGAGUUAAACCGUGCCGAGUAGUUUUUCUAUGUGGUAUCAUCUAUCAGUUGUGAUUUUUUUUUUCAGUAAAUGAAUUGCUAUAUUUAA